AGCCCUGCUCAGUGUUUCGUGUUGCGUCCCAUCUAAACAGGAAGUUUUUGAGGAGUUUACAGACUUCACUGGCUAGCAGGUGUAAACAUCACGUUUUAUGGUUUAGCAAAUGUUUGAAUCGUGUUAACAACUUGUCAGUGCUGUCGACGGCAAUAGGGGUUGUCGUUCUGGAAAACUGUCGUGUUUCACCGUCUAGCCAGGUCACCAGGCAGCGCCGUAACAUGAGGCCAUGGAGGAGCGAAAGCUGAAGAGAAAGAGUCCCAGGCCCUCCACCAACUCGGCGGGUCCGACCAGCGGUUCUGGCCGUAAGAACAGCGCUUCCUCCGGGGGAAGACACGUCGGCUACAGCCACAACACCGGGACUCACUCCAGCCAGAAAAGCAAGAACAGGAGGACAGUCCGAGACAAAAACAGAUACCAGCUGGGUUUGGGUGGUAAAGCGAAUCAGAACCAGAGCCAGACGGCUCCCAUCAUCCAGCACUCCUUUCUGACGGAUGUUUCGGAUGUGCAAGAAAUGGAGAAUGGCCUUCUCAGUCUCCUCAAUGAUUUCCAUUCAGGGAAACUACAAGCCUUUGGCAACGAGUGCUCCAUUGACCAGAUGGAGCACGUGAGAGAGAUGCAGGAGAAGCUGGCUCGUCUGCACUUUGACCUCUACAGCGAGGUGGACGAAAUGCCCGAGGACCAGAGGAAGAUGGCCUGUGACACCAACAUGGACAAACUGCUGCUCAAUCUGGAGGAGUUAAGUUCUUCAAUUCAGAAACUGAACUUAGCCGACACCCAGGAAAUCCCCAGGACUGCCAGCAUGUGACUUCUCGCUCUUUCCUUUCUCCUCUUUUAGUUUUUGUCUUUAAUCUUCAGGGGCAGGAGGAGGGAGUUGGAUCUACAGACUGUUCCUCACAAAGUAUUCACAAAGCUCUACACCAGCUCUCACUCUCUGUACAGAGGGCAUGGAUGUAUUGUCAGAUGUCCUAUCAGGGGUGCACUGAUAACCUCGUCCUCACUGCUGAUACCACGUCUGAGAACUAAAUGUAACAAUGUAAUCAGUUAAUUUUAAUGAACAAUACAGACUUUACAGUAAGCUUGGUGUCAGUAGGAAAAGACAAAAAUGUAAUCCAUUUUUCUCCAAUAUAAAGAUCUAACAGCCUUCCAAAAAGGUGAUGCAGUCUAAUUUUCUAUUGGAGAAGAUGCAAACAAGCCUGGUGUUUUCACCUUUAUCUCUCAUAGUAUUAACAUUGGUGCGUCAUUGUCAUAUGGUCUCUGUAAGUAAAGCUGUGCUCAGAUCACUCCAGUUACACUUGGGCCUGAAAAGUCUGGAUUUGCAAUAUGGCGCUUAACAAAGCUGUUAAUCGCAUAAAAUAUGCCUAUUUAGUCUAAUGGAAUAAUCUUAUUUGCCAGUUGCAAUUGUAGUUAUUGUAAAUCAGCUUAGUUUGAAGUGAAUUGACUGCAGACUUGCUCCUUUUAGCUUUUUGCAAAGACGUAAAGUCACUGUGUUGCACUUUGUCUCUGUUGUCACGGGUUGCAGGUCACUCAGGUCAACAGCAAGGUCAUGAUCCAUGCAAAAUGAAGCCACAGAGUCAGGCUUAUCAGAAUAUAGCUAGAGGGCCCAUUGGUAAGAGAUUCACUUUGAAUAAUAUUGUGUGUUCAAAAGAAAUUGUUACAGCAUCAAACGUUGAGCUUUGGUCUGGUUAACUUUGAAUGAAUAAAAGCUUAAAUAACGUUUUCUGAUUUACAAGUGAUAGUUGUCAGUAGCCAAAACAACUGUGGGGAUUCAAAUCAGCCCAAAAAAAUAUUUGAAUACACAGUUCAAAUUCUCAGAUUCUGACAAAUACUGGCCAUAGUUUUUUGUACAUUGUGAUUUUUUUUUUUUUUUUUCCAAAAUAUGUGAUUCUGCAUGUAAUUCCUUGCUACAUGUGAGUGGCCCGGUGAUUUCACCCGCAGCACUGUGUCUGGUGUUGAAUGUAUUUGCACACAUCCAUGCAGCAUGCAAAACACACUGCACAUAUCAGAGGUGUGUUGUUUGACCAUGGAAAACACUGAGUCAUCCAAAUGUUGACAUCGCAAUCAUGCCUUACUUUUAAUUUAAUCCUUUUUGCCUUAUUGUUUAAAAAAAUAUUUUGAGUGACUUACAUAGUGUGUAAGUUUGCAUACUGAAAACGCAGGUGGAAGGCAAUAAUCAUAAUGACGCUGCAUUGAUUCUAAAUCAGAUAGCUUAUUUUAUUUAGUCGCUUCUAAUUUUAGCCCAUGGUGAUGUUGAUGGAGAUGUGUGAUUUCACGGUUUGCGGCUGUUGUAAGUAAGCUGUGUGAUGAUUUUUAUUUUUGUUUACUUUUCAAACAGGAUAAUAAAAUUGUUGUCUGAUUUAAUUA